AUGGCGGAUGAACAUGAUCCAAAACCCACUGAAAACGCUAACAGGCGUCCUAGACGAGAGCCGAGCUCCGUCCGAACAGAGGACAUCAACAAGGUUUUGAAGUAUUCAGGUGAACCGGGCACCUCUACAGCUGGUCGGGGCCGGAACGCUGAUGUGCUUUUGGGGUAUGAUCCCUCUUACAGAGAAGGCGUUCCGUUGCCUCGGGUGAGAGUUCGAAGACCCUUACUAAGACAGGCUGCCUCUCAACUACAAUCCGAACAGCCAGCUCCUAGCCGUGUAACCAGCCAAUCCUCCUCUUCAGGUUAUUCUCCAUCUCCUCCACACUCAAGCACUAUGACACGUCAGCCCCUCAACCUCAGCUCCCUUCUCACCGUCUCUUCUCGGGGACGUGGAUCUGGUCGGGUAGCUUCUACAGGGAACGAACCUUCUGUACCCCGUCGAAACAGAGGAGGUUCUACCCAUUCCACUUCAUCCACCCGAGGAACGGAUUCUGCUCUCGAUGCCAGUGAUGUUCAUCGAGAUAAACGGCCUAGGUCUGAGGACCCAACUAGCACUGCUUCUCAAGCAGAUACUGAAACUCAUCACCCUACUUCUCCAACUACCCAAAUCCUUCCCCAGACGUGGACUCCUCCAUUUACUAGGGGAGACCAUCUUGUUCACGUUGGAGACAGUGCUAGUUCAUCAGAAACAACACUUGCCCUGGCUCAAGGGUUGCUGCUCCCUGUUGAUUUGCAGAAAGAAUCCGGAUCCCCACCAGAUCGUCUCGUAGCCACUGGUCUCGUCAGUGGUAUUAAGUUCAUUCAAAAAAUGGUUGUAUUGGGUCAAAAAUAUCAAGAGGCUGAUACUGAAUGA